AAGUUGGCAAGCACGUUUGAGGAGCCGCACUCCUGGCAAAGGCGACUGACUGCAGACAGCUUGGCGUCUUCCUGCUGAAGUGCAGUCAUGUUUCUCCAGUAUUACCUCAACGAACAGGGAGAUCGCGUCUAUACGUUAAAGAAAUUUGACCCGAUGGGACAACAGACUUGCUCUGCCCAUCCUGCUCGCUUUUCCCCUGACGACAAAUACUCAAGACACCGAAUCACCAUCAAGAAACGCUUCAAGGUGCUCAUGACCCAGCAACCGCGUCCUGUUCUCUGAGAGUUCGUUAAUUUCCUCUGCUGCCCGCCCGCAGGCUGAUUAUCAGUAACCAAAUGCGUCAAUCCGUGAGCAGGGACGCCUUCCCGCACUGUUUGGAAUCCUAUCUCACCACGUGACUGACUCUAUCGUAAUGGGCAUCUCCCGUAAAAGGAACAAUCUUAACUUUUGUUUUUCAUGCUUUGAAUUAAUGCCAGGUUAUUAAAGAUAGAAUGACUUGAAAAAAA